AUGGCCACAAUGACCAACGGCGCUUACCGCGGCCGCUAUGUGCCGGGGAAGGUCAUGUUCCCCACGAAAGUCUUCAACGAGACUGAGGAUACCUUUGAAAGCACCUUGAGAAAGCUGAACCAGGAGGAGCUGCCUGACACGCUGGAUCUGCUCCAUGCGCUGCAAGAAGGAGCAGCUGAGCGGCGCUGGGCGAUGGAGCUUCUGGGGGCUAUGGUGGCGGUGCAGCCGGAGCUGGGCCAGCAGUUCAAGUCAGAGGUCCUUGAAGCUUUGACGGACGAUGAUGUGAAGGUGAAGAAAGCAGCGCUGGAGCUUUUACCCCAACUGGGCGUGGAGCAUGCUGCAGACGUGGUGGAGUUUUUGACCUCCUCCAGUCCGGAACUGCGAGUGACGGCCGCGGAGGCCUUGGGCAAGAUGGGCAUUUGGCAGUUGCUGGAGGAGCUAAGGCCUUGCCUAGCGGAUGAAAGCAGCAACGUGGUCAAAGCGGGUCUUGGGGCAGUCCAGCGCUGGGGCGAUAAUGGCCAGGCGCUGGCCAGCUCUGUGGUGAGCUGCCUCAGCCACACCUGCGCAGGAGUACGCUGCGAGGCGGUGAAGGCGCUGACCUCCUUUGCUGAAGCCGGCGAGCGCUUCGCAGGUCGGGUGGCAGAGCUGUUGGGCGACAGCGACAACCAGACAAAGGAGGCUGCUGUCGCCUACUUUGAACGCCUAGGCCGGCGCGGUCUGCGCCGGGCCGAGGCUGUGGCCAGGGACCUCUGCCAACGCCGCGCCUGCGCCGCCGCGCUGGCGCUGGGGCACAUGGGGGCCGAGCACUGCGCGGCAGAGGUGGCGCAGCUUCUGCAGAACCAUGAGGACCUCACCCUGGCGCUGAGCGCGGCUGGCCUGGAGCCGCGGGUGCCGGUGGAGUUGCGGAGGCCCGAGUGUGCUGCAGCUUUCGCUUUGUCUCUGAUGGGCGCGGAGGGUGGCAAGUACGCAGACUCCAUCGCAGAAUUGCUGGCGCAGAAUGCGCCGCCCGAGAUGACGGCCUCUUUGAUUCGGUCGCUGGCCAGCAUGGGCAGCUUCGCUGGUGGGCACAAAGGGAAGCUGCAGGCCUUUCUGGAGCACCCGCAGACGGUGGUGCGAGAAGCUGCUUGCUUUGCGGUGGGACUUAUGCUGAAGGAGGGCGAGGCGCUGCUGCCGCGGCUCCAGGACUCUCAGGCGCCGGUGCGGCGCCAGGCAGCGCUGGCGUUGGGCCAGCUGCAGGAUGCGGCGCUAUAUGUAGACACCUUGGCCGUGCUGCUUGACGACUCAGUGCCUGCAGUGCAAGCAGCAGCUCUGGAAGCCCUAGGCCAGUGUGGUCAGGAGAGUCAUGCUUACGCCUGCGCCGUGUGCCGUUUGGCAGCCCCUGACACGCAGGCGGCGAUGCACAGCCUGGUGAGGUGCAGCGCCCUGAAAACGCUGGGCGCCAUGGAGGCCUCGGGCUUUGCCCCGGAGGUGGCGGGCUGCUUCCAGGCGGAGGAGCCUUGCGUCCGAGAAGCUGCGCUCAAGGCUUUCGCGGCCUUCGGGGAGGAUGGCAAAGAGUUCCUCAUGGAAGUGGAGAUGCUGAGGUUCAAAGGCCUGGACGAGCUGGGAGGCGCCCCCUACGAGGUGCUAGUUUCCUUCAAAGCCACUGUGAUGUACCCAUACGACGUGGCCCUGGCCAUAUUCUAUGAGUUGUAUUCCAUGUGCAUGCCGUUGCUGAUGCCCAACCUGAAGCUGUUGCCCUUCUUCGUCUUCCGCGGGCUCCACAGCGGCGCGGAGUACCACUACGUGCGGAACCAAAGUGGCCAGCUCUUCCCUGGCGUUGGGGUGGGGCUGCCGCCCUUUGUGCCGCCCAUGGACACGGCCAAAUGGUUUCACGCCUCUGCGGCAUGGAGCUUGCGCACUGACUUCGCCCAGUUCCCGCACAUCUUGCGCUUCGGCAGUGUGGCGGAGCUUUUGCAGCUCUUGAAGUCCGAUUGGGCGCAGGUGGCUCGGGCCAUGCGACGCUUCAACCAGGAGACGCUGUCUGCCUCUGCUGGUCUUUGGGCCUACGCCGUGGCUGCAGCGCUAUCGGGCAACGCAGGCAUCGAGCGCGAAGGGCAGUGA